AUGUCGAAUGACGCCGUCGGUACUGUGAAGAAGCAGAAUCCGGAUUUCACGAGCCGGCCUAAUAGGCACACUCGUCCCUUCAUCCUUCAACCAACAUCAGCGGACACCAAGAGUACUACGACUCAGACAACAUCACUCGCAACUCCGCAAUCACUCUUCAACAAUCCCGACUCCUUCCAGAGUCAUCAUGGGCUACUUCGACGACAACUUCGAGGAGAUCUGCCAGGACGCGCUGGAGGAGGAGCAAGUGCAGGAGCCGAGGAAGAGGCGGCACAGGAAGCAGAGGCUGCAGAAGAAGCGCAGGAGGCAGAGGCAGAGGCGACGGCCGAGGCGGAAGGCGACUCGGAGGACGGAAAGUCGAUAGAACGCGCUUUGAAAUCCUCCGAAUCAGAACGCCUUCUUCACCCAUCCAUGGUCGACCACAAUUGGCUUGCAAGCGUGCGCACGCCUGAUCUGGUUGAGUUUCUGCUCCGUAGCAACAACGCCCUCCUCGAGCUCUAG